GAGCGCAUCUCGGACUUGUGGAGCGGAGGACGCAGUGUUGCAUUCUCCAGGAUAAACAUCGAAAGGAAAUAACAAUACGAAGCAUUUUGCUUUUGCAAUCGACAUUCAACUGGAUAUCUAGAGCGCUUCGUGCGAAAAUCGACGACGAGAGAAGAGAGGUUAUAUAAUAGGAAGACAACGUCAGUGGCUCGCGCACUCACAGGCUAGUGUGAGUCAUUGAUAAAUGCACACAGUUGCAUGAAUGGGGUGGAAGUAGAUCGAGGCUGCGCUUGACUCUCGAAACAAACAAAAAACGAGGAUUUUAAUCAUCUCGACGGCGCACAAGAGACUUUGGCGUGUAAAAAGCUCAAUGCUCCAGGCCUGAGACGUCUACGGCCUCUUGCAGCGCGUCUUCUCCGCAGUUUUAAGGUCUCACGGUACCGCACCGUAUUUCACUAAUGCUCGAUAAGUUCAAACCCGUGCAGAUCGAUUCGGUCAUGGCCAUAAGCAAGACGGUAGAGUGGCUGAAGGAGCAGCUAGAAACGCGCAGAGACUGUUUGCUCGUUAUGGACUGCCGAGCGCAAGAGCUGUACGAGUCGUCGCACGUCGAAACGGCCAUUAACGUGGCCAUCCCGAGCCUCAUGCUCCGGCGACUCAAGAAAGGCAACCUGCCCAUCAAGUCUCUGCUUUCUAACGGGGAAGACAGGGAAAGGUUCGCGCGGAGAUGCAAGACGGACACGAUCGUGUUGUACGACGAGUACAGCCGCGAGUGGAAUGAAAACAUCGACGGCGGCUCCGUGUUGGGUUUACUGCUGAGGAGAAUGAAGGACGAGGGCUACAAGGCUUUCUAUCUCGAGGGUGGCUUCAGCAAAUUUCAAACUGAUUUUCCCGCAAUGUGUGAGACGAACCUCGACGGUUCCUCAAGCAGCAGUUCCCCAACCUCCCAGGUCCUGGGUCUCGGAGGGCUCAGAAUCAGCUCUGACUCCUCGGACAUCGAGUCGGAUAUCGACCGAGACCCAAGCAGUGCAACUGACUCAGAUGGCAGCCCCCUUUCCAACCCCCAGCCCUCAUUCCCCGUGGAGAUCCUUCCACAUCUGUAUCUGGGCUGUGCUAAGGACUCCACAAACCUGGAUAUCCUGGAGGAGUUUGGCAUCAAGUACAUCUUGAACGUGACCCCUAAUCUCCCCAACAUGUUCGAGAAUGCCGGGGAGUUUAAGUACAAGCAGAUUCCCAUCUCUGAUCACUGGAGCCAGAACCUCUCACAGUUUUUCCCUGAAGCCAUCAGCUUUAUUGAUGAGGCCCGUGGACUGAAGUGUGGCGUGCUUGUUCACUGCCUUGCAGGCAUCAGUCGUUCUGUCACUGUAACAGUGGCGUACCUCAUGCAGAAGCUCAACCUGUCCAUGAACGAUGCUUAUGACAUUGUCAAAAUGAAGAAGUCGAACAUCUCGCCCAACUUUAACUUCAUGGGUCAACUCUUGGACUUUGAGCGCACGUUAGGACUCAAGAGUCCGUGUGAUAACCGUGUGCCGGCCCCAACCCAGCCACUGUACUUCACCACACCAACCAAUCACAACGUUUUUCAGUUGGACCCUCUCGAGUCCACGUGAGGUCCUGCCAUGACUUGAUUCGAGUGAAAUGCAAGUUUCUGUUUUUCGACUCUAGUCAAGGGAUUCCUGACGUUAUUGAUGUUGGCUUGAGACGACGGCCGACCAGAGUAGCCACUGAUGGGGCAUGUGGUGUGCCCAGAGCUUCUACGCUGCUGUUUAAUGGAGAGAGAUCAUGUGACUCUAAAUCUCCAAGACUCUUCAAAGUAGUUUGUUUUAUAUAUAUAUACAUAUAUAUAUAUAUACAUAUUUAAGCAUGGAAAGACUGUGGAAAUGAAAAGAGCAUCCGAUUUAUUGGGGCUGGUGUGCCAAAGAGACUUGACUGGAACUGAACAAUGACAAAUACUCAUUUGUUUUGUUUAGCACUUGCACCUUGAUGUUUUCUAGGUGUGCCCUUCUUGUCUUCAAUGAAGACUUGCCUGUUUUUGGGACGAGACUUCCCUUCGGUAAUGAUGGCAGAGUGUACUGUACUCCAACUUAUUUGCGUGGAGAAAUUUUUGACAACAUUUAUACUUAUGUAUAUUAAGAUGUCGGUAAGCCUUGCCGUAGUUAGAAUAUACCUGAACAGCUGUAGAUUUUUCUUCUCCUUUUCGUCCUCUUUAUGUAAACCAACUGAAUAUCGAUCAAUAUUAUCUUUAUCAUCGAGUUAAAUGCCAAAAAUUUCAACAGGUUUUUGCAACGAUCAUCAAUAUGUGCAUAUGUAUAAUAUAUUUCCAGUUUUGCUUUACGGAUCGAUUCCGCCUUUCUCAGCCUUUUAACCACUGUCACGAAUCAGAGUCAUCAUUCUCUUGCCUUAGUUCUGUACAUAAGAGUGUUAUUGUGCGGUAACCUUGCAAAGCAGUUCCCCAUGCGCUUUUUUUCACCAGGACGUUUUUAUCAGACCCCACCAUAUGAGCUGCACGUUCAGAGGGGUUGUCCGAAUUUGUACGUGUACGAGACAUUCCUCGAAUGCCAUCUGGCAGGGUUUCUGAUGCAUGCUCAUUUAGGACCCAUACGCCUUUAUACUACUUGUUUUUUUUGUUGUCAUUUAUAUGGGGACGUUGGAAGGUUGAAGCAAGUAAUGCUGAUUUUUGUUGUGUGUGUGCAAGGAUUUGAGGUCUGUGUUGACAAAGCAGGGAGAACUUUUUUGGGUCUCCUGUUCAGGGAAGUUCUGUGUCAUGCAUUUUUUUUUUUGUAAGAAAAAUGAUGAUGGUUUUACUGGAGGGUUUUGUUGUCCCUCGAAGCGAAGGCCUGGGCGGGGGAGAGGCUCUUUUACAAAACCCUUUUCCCCCAAUGUUACGAAUGUAAAGAAAUGAUAAGUUAUUAAUAAAUUGCUAUUUUGUCUAUUCAAAUCUA